GCACAAUGGUUUUCAGGAUAGAGAGAAAAGGAAUCCAGUCAUUAAUUGCAAUUAUCACUUUGACACUGAUUGGGGAUAUAACCGCAUGUGAAAGAACUCUACUAAGAACUAGAAGGAUAUCCAGUUUCGAUAAGGAGCUAAUAUUAGAUUUGCACAAUGCCAUGAGACAAUCCAUCGCCCUUGGUCAAAUUGGGGGGCAACCCCCUGCGUCCAAUAUGAUGGAAAUGAAAUGGGAUGAGGAACUUGCCAGCAAAGCUCAGAAAUGGGCUAGCUCUUGUAACUCGGAAAUACAUGACCAACAGAGGAAUGUGCCAAGAUUUACAGUUGGUCAGAAUAUAGCAACGACCUGGACAACAAAACCCCCUUCAAGCGCCUACGAUACAGAGCCCGACUUCGCAGACGCAAUUGGUAAAUGGUUCAACGAAUUCAAAUACUUCAGUUUUGGUGGGAUUGGACGGGGCAGUACGGGACAUUACACACAGAUGAUAUGGGCAGACACCAAUUUAGUAGGAUGUGGAUAUGCCUAUUAUUAUGACGCCUCUAAAGGAUACACCAAGAAGUAUGUCUGCAACUACGGACCUGGAGGAAACGUAUUAGGUCGUACCCCGUACAAUAAAGGAAAUCCAAAUUGCAUGGAAAACGGUUUGACCGAAUCAAGAAGAUUUUCAGGGCUAUGUGAAAAAUCUACUAGGAGCUCAUUCUACUUCGGUAUUUCCAACUAUAUUGGUCGGAAAUGAAAUAACAGCUUUCAGUCUGCGGUUACAUAAUUCUUAACCUGUAUACUUAAAUUAAUUUAUUGUGUCUAUAUUAGUAAUUAGUACAUUUAAAAAUUUAGGAAGUGAUAAA